AUGGCGGUGAGGCGGCGGCAGAGGCGCGGGCCGGGCGGCGGGCGAGGGCUGCUGGCCGCGCUGCUUCUGCUGCUGGGCGUGUGGGGCCGGGCGGCUGCCGAGCGGGUCCGCUACGCCAUCCCCGAGGAGCUGGGCAGAGGCUCACUCGUGGGGCCACUGGCUCGGGACCUGGGGCUCAGCGCGGACGAGCUGCCGGCGCGCAAGCUGCGGCUGAGCGAGGAGAAGCAAUAUUUCACGGUGAGUGAGGAGAACGGGAACCUGUACGUGAACGAGAGGCUGGACCGGGAGGAGAUGUGCGGCGAGUCGGCGACCUGCUCUGUCAGCUUCGAGGCGCUGGUGCACAACCCGCUCAACAUUUUCCAUGUCGAAGUGGCGAUCGAAGACGUUAAUGACAAUUCCCACUUCAGUAAGUCUGCUCUGAACCUCGAGAUUAGUGAAUGGACAUUUCCCGGUGCUCGUUUUCAGCUGGAGAUGGCCCAUGAUGCAGACGUGGGCAGCAACUCGCUGCUGACUUACCAGCUUACCAGCAACCCAUCCUUCUCUCUCGCCAUGAAGGACAGCCCGGACGGAAGCAAACCGGAAUUAGUUCUGGAGAAAGCAUUGGACCGGGAGAAGCAGAGCUCCUUUGAGCUGGUGCUGACGGCGGUUGAUGCCGGGGAUCCCGUGAGGUCCGGGAGUGUUCUGAUUUGGGUCAAUGUGACGGACGCCAACGACAACGCACCCGAAUUUGCACAGGACCGGUACCGCGUGAGCCUACGAGAGGACCUGCCACCAGGUUCAGCAGUACUGAACGUGUCAGCCUCGGACGCCGACGCCGGCAACAAUGCUCGCAUCACUUAUGGCUUCGGGAAAAUAUCGAUCAAGGCACUUCAGAAGUUUAUGAUGGAUGCAGAAAGGGGGUCUAUUACGCUGCAGGAGGCACUGGACUUUGAGGACAUGCAUAUGUUCAGCCUGGCUGUGGAAGCAAAGGACGGAGGGGGCUUGGUGGCACACUCCACGGUGGAGGUGGAGGUGCUGGACGUGAACGACAACCCACCUGAGAUCACCAUUCUGUCGCUCUCGAGCCCAGUACCUGAGGACGCUCCGGUAGGCACCGUGGUAGCCCUGCUAAAAGUGCGGGACAGAGACUCCGGCGAGAACGGUCAGGUGUCGUGCGAGCUGUCGGGAGAGGCGCCGCUGUCGAUCGUGGCGUCCUCGGGCGGCUCGUACAAGGUGGUGACGGCGGGCGCGCUGGACCGCGAGCAGGCGUCGGAGCACCGGGUGACGGUGGUGGCCCGGGACCGGGGCAGGCCGGCGCUGUGGAGCAGCACGGAGCUGGUGCUGGAGGUGUCGGACGUGAACGACAACGCGCCGGAGUUCGAGGAGGCGGCGUACAGCGCGUACGUGGCGGAGAACAACGUGGCGGGCGCUCUGGUGCUGCGCGUGCAGGCGCGGGACGCGGACGCGGGCGCCAACGGGCGCGUGAGCUACUGGCUGGCGGGCGGCAGCGCGGGCGCGGCGGGCGCGGCGGCGCUGGUGUCGGUGGAGGCGCGGAGCGGCGCGCUGUACGCGCAGCACUCCUUGGACUACGAGCAGUGCCGCGAGUUCACGGUGGCCGUGCGGGCGCAGGACGGCGGCUCUCCGGCGCGCAGCUCCACGGCCACGGUGCGCGUCUUCGUGCUGGACCGCAACGACAACGCGCCCAGGGUGCUCUGGCCCGCGGCGGCGGGAGAGGCUCCGGGAGGGGCGGCAGCGCCGCCUUUCGAGGUGGUUCCGCGCUCGGCCGAGGUCGGCUACCUGGUGGCCAAGGUGGUGGCGGUGGACGCGGACGCGGGGCGCAACGCGUGGCUGUCGUACGAGCUGGUGCAGGCGUCGGAGCCGGCGCUGUUCCGCGUGGGGCUGCACAGCGGCGAGGUGCGCACGGCGCGCGCCGUGGGCGAGCGGGACGCGGCCAAGCAGCGUGUGGUGGCCGUGGUGAAGGACCACGGGCAGCCGGCGCUGUCGGCCACGGCCACGCUGCACGUGGUGCUGGCCGAGAGCUUGCAGGAGGCGCUGCCGGAGCUGAGCGAGCGGCCGGCGGGCGCCGAGGCGGCCGAGGCGGCGGCCGAGCUGCAGUUCUACCUGGUGCUGGCGCUGGCGCUGCUGUCGGCGCUCUUGGUGCUGAGCGUGGCGCUGGCCGUGCUGGCGCGGCUGCGCCGGGCCGGGCCGCCCGCCGUGCUGCGCUGCCUGGGCGCGCAGCGCUUCUCCCUGGCCGGCGCCGCCUUCCCGGCCGACUUCUGCGAGGGCACCUUGCCCUACUCCUACAACCUGUGCGUGCCGGCGCCGGCCCGCGCCGUGCCCGAGGCCGCUUGGCCUCCGCCGCCGCCGGGGGUGCCCAUCCUGUCGGCGGAGGAGCUUCUGGGCGGGGAUGAUUCCUGCGACAAGCCGAGCUCCAACAGCAGCGCCAUCGAGGGAGAGGUGCCCGCCAAUCCCGACGCACCGCAGGUCUGUAAUGCCGCGCGUUAG